AUGUUCUCCUCCCUCUCAACCUUCAUCUCGUCCCGCCGACGCGGCCUCGCCUACACCGCCGCAACACUCGGGAGCGCCUACCUCGCGGGGAAGUGGGCUUUGGGGAGGGUUUUGGAGGGCGCGGAGAGGGGACGGAGGGAGGGAUGGGGGAGGGAGGAUCUAGCACGCCGCUUCAACCUCAAUAUCCAAGACUCGCAGUUUACCGUCCUUGCGCUCUUGCCGACUUUGGCGGCGGGAGUAGCGGAGGAGAUGGAUGUGGAGGGGUUGACGGGGGUUUUGGGGGAGAGGGCGAGGAGGGAGAGGGAGGAACGCGCGCGGGAAGAGGAGGAGCGGAGGAAAAGGGAGGAGGAGGAGAAGCGGGUUGCUGCGGAGGAAGAGCGGGCUAGCAGUGAGGCUGAGGAGGCUGCGAACAAGAAGGAGGCGCAACCGAAUGGCGAUGCGGCACAACCUCCCGGUCCAAUCGGCCAACCGCUUCACUCUCCCCUCCUUCCCAUGCCCAACAACCACGCACUCGCCAGCGCCUCGCUCAACCCCUCCGCACCAGUCUUCCAACCUCGUUCGCCCUCUCCACCUCAAGCAGCUGAACCGGCCGACGUCGAUUCCCUUCCCCCGCGAGAGCAGGAGGGAGGGGAGAUGGGCACGAGUUGGGCCGAGGUGGUGAAGCGCGAUGGGACGGAGCACGCGGAAGCUGCCGUGGAGGAGCGCGAAGGGGAGGGAGAGCAAAAAGUGGCGAAUGGACAUGCUGUGGAGGAGGAGGAGAAGCGGGAGGAGAAGGGGUAUGAGGUUGAUGGCGCUGCGGCGGCGGAUGUGGAGGGCGAGACGGGCGAGACGGGCGAGACGGAGAAAAAGGUCGAGUUGAACGGUGUGCAGGAGGAGGACAAACAGGAGCUGGUGGAGGCGUCGAAGCCUGCGCAGCCGGAGAAGACCAAAGCCGAGUUGUGGAACUCGAUCAAGCUCCUCUCCUUCACCCGCCUCUUCACCUCAAUCUACCUCCUCGUCCUCCUCUCACUCCAGACACACGUCCAACUCGCCCUCCUCGGCCGAUCAGCAUACGUCGAAUCGCUCCUCUCCGCCCUCCCGCCUCGUUCUCCCUCUCCUUCUUCCUCCGCCCACCUUCUCCCCGAGUCCCCGCCUCCCGCGCUGGACGACUCAGCAACGCAAGACGACGACCUCGAAUCCGCACUCUACGCGGCCAAGUCUCUCCCUCCCACCCCCGCAGAGGAGCGGAAGGACGUCGAGAGGAAGUACCUCACGUUUAGUUGGUGGCUGUUGCAUGAGGGGUGGAAGGUCGUGUAUAGGAGGGUUGAGCAGGCGGUGGAGGAGGUUGUUGGGCCGAUGGGACUCAAGACCCCGCUUGUGUAUGGCGAGCUCGGGGCGUUAUUCGCACAGAUUCGGCGGCGGAUCGAGCAGGAUGCGGACGGCAAGCUCUUCGACUUCUCCCCCGCGCUGCACCCGCCAACGCAAGACCUCGAGAUCCAAACCCUCAUCGCCGGCGGGUCCUACAGUCCCUCUUCCUCCGCCGCAAUCGCGGAUCCGAUAACCCCCUCCCUCCGCUCCCUCCUGAACGAAACCUCCGACGCGCUCGACUCCCCCGACGCCGCUCUCGUGCGCGCUCUCUCGUUGGACAAACUCUUCUCCCUCGCACUCGAGAAAGUCGAAGUCGCUUUCCGGUCGGGUGGAGGAGAGAGGGGAGCGAGGUUUGAGGAUGUGACGGAGAAACAGGCGAGACUGGCGAGUUUGUUGCCGGUUUUGACGAGGUUGUCGGCUGCCAAGGGGGAGGCGGGAGGUGCGGUGCUCGCGAGUGGGCUGAAUGGGAACGAGUGGGUCGAGGCCCUCGAAGAUGUCCGAGAACUGCGCGAGUUUGCGGCGGUGCUUUACGGCAGCUGGGACAGGGACAACCUCCGUGCGAGUUGUGUGCUGUAG